GUAGGUUCUCAUCGCUCAACUCUCACGCUCGACCCUCCUCGCGUCCAACCUUGACCGUAUCAUUCUAGCCUCAUACACCCCACGCGAUCGGGGCGCCAUGCACGGCACGCCCAAGUUCCACGCCGAGCCUGUCGACCUCGGCCGACAAACAGAUUGGGAUGACCUGUUCGCUACAUAUUGGGAGUCCUGGAAGGAUCCUCUGCAGGUAACAGGCAUGCUGACGUUCCCCUGGCUCGGGGAGGACAGCCCCCGCGAGAAGGCCUCAUACCACGCCGCCAAGGAAGCUUAUCUGGAACAAGCCCGUCAGAAUCCCGACCAAUGCUGGCUCAAGAUCGAGGAUCGUAGCGUGACUGGCCGCACCUCCAUCGUCGGAGGAGGGGCCUUCACGAUAGUCCGAGAGGGCGCCCCCAAACCCAACCCCAGUGCUAAUAAUGGUGACAGCGGCUUACCCGAAAUAAAGCUUCCGGGAUUGGGGUACCCGGCCAAUUCGGAGCGUGACAUCUUGAUGCGCCAGUUUUAUCUGCAGAUGAGGAGUUGGCACCCGCGAAUCAUGACAGACAGGCCGCAUCUAUAUGGCCAAGCGCUCUGGGUCCUCCCUGCUUUCCGACAUCUCGGUGCUGCUGCGGUUGUGAUGGAUUACUUCACAGAGAAAGCCGACGCACUUUCCGUCGAGUGCUUUCUUGAAGGUAGCGCCAUCGGCACCCCCCUGUACCUGCAAAAGGGCUUCGUCCUACUCGAGCGCCCGGUUAUGGUGUUCCGGUACUUCGCGCGGAGUGACAAAGAGAAGAUCCCUAGUGAGGAAUGGAUACGCCUUGUCCGAGGGCUGCAUGCGGAGCCUAUCGCGAUCAUGUGGCGGCCGGUGAGGGGGGAUUAUGACGAGGGGAAAACUGUGCUGCCGUGGGUAGGCAGACCUAGGGAAGCCAGGCUAUGAAGGGCAACAAUUGUUACUCAACACGUCCACGAGUAUAAGCGCAUGAAUAGCUAGAUACCUAUUUAAGGGCAAACGCGUCGAGAGGCACGAUUUCUAAAAAUGAUUCCGCCUCUCUAACACGGUGGUCCAUCAUGUUCAACGCAUUCGGGAUGCCGGGAGCAAAGAGCC